UGAGAAUUGAGGAGACAGUUUAUCAGUUUUAGUGACGCUAUACAUUUCACAAUAACUAUUUAAUUCGAAUAGAAACUUGAGGUUAGGUUAACCAUGAAAUUAUGAAAAUAAUAUAUUUAUAUUUACUAUUUACCUAAUAUCUGAAAUAUGAGUCACACUCCAAAGAAGGAAAAUACAGUUCUUAAAGAAAAUGAAUACUCUCCUGUGAUAUUACGACAAACUCCAGGAGCUUCUCAGAAAAAUCUAACGGGUCCACCUAGAGUAGCCAGAGAUAUAGUAGCAGAUCUCUACAAUAAUAUACAACAUUGGAAUGACAGCCACAUAAAAGGAGCACAAAUAGUUAAACAGAUAGCUAUAUUAAAAUCUGAAGAUCAUAGAAAUUAUUCACCUCAAUUGGAAGAAUAUACAAAUGACUUAUUUAGUGUUGUGCUAAGCUUAGACAUAUAUAGAAAGCAUUUUGAACACUACAAUACACAAAUUAAAGCUGUAUCGAAGCUUGAAAAAAAUUCUGAGCCUAUUUUUAUUUCUCUUAAUGCUACUGCUCUAGCAAAUGCUGUUAUUGAUAUAGCCAAUGCCUACAUUGCAGAAUUUAAGUUGAAGAAACUUGUUCUAGAAAAUAUUGCUCAUUCAAAAAAUAAGCAUGAAGCAAUGUUCUAUGCUGCUUGUUGGGCCCACCAGACUCGCAUUACUAGUAGUAUAAAUGUAACAUUAGAAGCACUGCUGGUAGAGACAGGAUUCCGACCAAUAAAUUGAAUAGUUCUAUGUAUUAGAAUUAGAUAGUUUCACCAAUCAGUAUAUUCAAUAGAUUUUUUUUCAUAAACAAUGAAAAUAAUAUAUUUUUUUGGCAACCAUUUUUUUUACAAAUACUACC